GACUCGUUCGGAACCAAGGUGCCCCAAUCCCCUGUUGGCCCAGACUCCUUCCUGCGGUUUCUGUCCACGGCCGUCAUGCCCCGUGGGCAGAAGAGUAAGAACCGUGCUCGUGAGAAACGUCACCAGGCCCGGGCUGAGACCCAGAGUCUUCAUGAUCAGGCCACCACAUCUGGGGGAGAAGAGACCACCUCCUCCUCUCCUCCUGAUUCAGAGAGCGCUCCCUCAAGCUCAUCUGCUGCUGGCACCCCCAAAGGGCCUCAGGGAGCCCAAGGCACCACCAGUGCUACUGAAGGUGCUAUACGCAAAAGAUCUGGUGUCGGUGGCAAAGCACGCUCAAGAGCUGGUGCACGUGGCAAAGCACGCUCAAGAUCUGGUGUAGAUGCCGAGGGCCAAGUUCAGGAAGGUGAAAAUUCCUCCCAGGCCUUAGCUGCUGCUGAGAGCUCUCAAACAGAUCUUCUGACCAGAAAGGCAGACAUGUUGGUACAGUACAUGCUGUUUAAGUAUAAGGUGAGGGAGCUCAUUAAGAGGUCUGAAAUGCUGAAGGUUAUCCACAGAAGGUACAGGGAGCAAUUCCCUGAGAUCCUUAGCAGGGCCUCUGAGUACAUAGAGAUGGUGUUUGGCCUGGUGCUGAAGGAAGUCAGGCCCAACAGUCACUCCUAUACCCUGGUGAGCAAUGUAGAUAUCAUCGACAGUGAGUCUAUGAGAGGUGAUUGGGGGCUGCCGAAGAAUGGUCUUCUGAUGCCUCUGCUGGGUAUCAUCUACCUCAAUGGCCACCGCGCCUCUGAGCAGGAUGUCUGGAAGUUCCUGAGUAUUCUGGGCAUCUAUGAUGAAAGAAGGCACUUCAUUUUUGGAGACACCAGGAAGCUUAUCACAGAAGAUCUGGUGCGGGAAGAGUACCUGGAGUACCACCAGGUGCCCGGCAGUGAUCCCCCUCGCUAUGAGUUCCUGUGGGGUCCUAAAGCACUCACAGAAAACUGCAAGAUGAAAGUCCUGGAGUUUUUGACGAAGGUCAAUGAUUUGAUCCCCAAUGCCUUACUGCCGCAUUAUGAGGAGGCUUGGAGAGAGGAGGUAGAGAGCGCCAGAGCCAGAGCUGCAGCCACUGCUGGCCCUUCUGCCUCAGCCAGUGCUGGCCCUCCUGCCUCAGCCAGACCUGGCACUUCUGCUGCAGCCAGGGCUGGCACUUCGGCCUUGGCUAGGGCUGACAUGUCUGCCAGGGCCAGGCCUGGUCCUUCUGUCUCAGCCAGUGCUGGCCCUUUGGCCUCAGCCAGUGCUGGCCCUCCUGCCUCAGCCAGACCUGGCACUUCUGCUGCAGCCAGGGCUGCCACUUCGGCUGCAGCCAGGGCUGACGUG